AUGGCAAAAGGGCUGCAGCUAUUCGUCAGCAGAUUAUCGUUUUACACUACGGAUGAAAGAUUGAAGAAGCUCUUUUCACCUUUUGGCGUUGUUACCGAAGCGAGGCUUGUUAAAGACCCAAGAACGCAAAGGCCUAAAGGUUUUGGAUUUGUUACCUUUGAGUCAGAAGCAGAUGCUCGGAAUGCAUUGAAUUCCAUUAACGGAAGGAUUGUUGAUGGAAGACUGAUUUUUGUGGAAGUUGCUGAGAAUACACAAGCUACAGAAAACAAACCAUCCCGUAAAUAACUUUCUCAUAAUUCA